GCUCCCUCCGUCUCUUCCAGCGUCCUCCUGCAGGAAGUGCAUGUGUCAGGGCCCAGUCCACGGCCUCCCCUCGGCCUCAACGCCUGCGGCCGGGGUGACCUCAUCUUACCUCCGAGGCUAUUUUAAUCUUCAAACACCUGCCGUGGAGACUGGGCCUACCGUCUUCUCCCCCACCCUGCCGGUUCUGUCCAGGACUGGUGCAGUAGCAGCAUCACCGGGCUCCUUAUUCCACCUUCCGCAGCACAGUCACUCCUUUUGCACCGCAGACUGGCAUUGAGACACAAGCCUGGCUUGUCGCUCCUCUGCUCAACAGCCCCCUCCUGUGGCCCCCUAUCAGCAGUGAAAGUCCGACCUGACAAAGGCUGGGCUCCCUGUUCUCCUGUCCUCCAGACCAGGAACUGCCAGAAAGGUUUCCUCUAUGCCGCCAUCACCCCGAGUACUAAGCUUGUGCCCACAGCAAUCUAGCACGUUCCUCCCCUGCCUUUUAUCCAAUUUCUCAUACCGAAAACCCGAGCUUUGCCCUUGAUUUCUGUUUAUUUUUCCCACUUCCACACACCUUGCACUGAGGGAGGACAAACGAGAUCCCCUCUCCUAUCCUCUCUUGACUCAGCCUUAGCUUCCAUGUCCUGCCAGAGGCCUGUGGGAAAACCAGCGCUUCCUCCGGCUCUUCUGGUUUUCUUACAGGCUAGGAUUUUCCUGUCUCUUUUUACCCGACAAAUUAAUUCAGCAGUAGGGGCUGUAAUAAGGACUUUCUCAUCUCAGCCUGAAGGUCUUUUUUGUCUUUUUUUCCUUUCUUAGUUCUUGGUGGUCCCAGGAGGUGGCAGUGUUGCCAGCAGGUCCUCCUGCCUGGUCAGAGUCAGAGCCCCCUGAAGCAUACCAGAGACUCACUCUAAGGCUCUUUCUGCCCCUCUUGGCAGAGGACACCUGUGUGAGAAUGAGUCUGCAGGUCUUAAAUGAUGAAAACGUCACCAGUGAAAAAAGUACAGAAAACUGUGACUUCCUGUUUUCACCACCAGAGCUUACCGGAAGAACAUCUAUUCUUCGCCUGUCACAGAAAGAAAAUGUGCCCCCCAAGACCCUGGCCAAAGCUACAAAGGUGACUUUUCAGACACCUCUACGAGACCCACAGACGCACCGGAUCUUAAGUCCUAGUAUGACAAGCGGACUUGAGACUUCUUUUGCUUUGGAUGGCACCAUUCAAUUAGAAAACUCUCAUGAGGUCUGGACACAGAAAGAGAAGCAGCAGUUCACCAAGGAAGUAGACACCAAAACCACCAACAGGAUUCUCCAGAAACAAGCAGUGGCCGAUGCCUACCCUCCUCUAGUGGACUCAAACCCAGCCUUUGAUGAUGGCAGCUCCGGUGAGCCUGGCACGGCCCCCCUGGCUGACCUGGCUUCCUCAAGUCCUCCCCGGAGCCCAGGAAGUCCUGAAAACCAGGCGGCGCCUCCAGGGCAAAUGUCUGGAAGCCCUGAACAAGCCUUGGGGGAAGACAUGAGCUCUUAUUCUUUAGAUAAAACUAUGACGUCUACCUCGAAGGUUCUAGAAGACUCUCCCCAGCCAGCGUCCCAACACAAAGUGGAGAUUCCUCACAGAGCCACAGGGGAAAGCUCACAUGAGGCAGCUUCUGCUUCUUCAGCCGUGGCCACUUCACCUCUCGGCGUGAGCCCUGAAGGACCAUGUGCAGUAGUGCCCCAGGCAGACCUGCCUGGUGAGGCCCUGGGCGCCCCUGUGCCAGCAGACAGUGCCCAGUCAAUUCCAUGUGCACACACCUCUGGCUCACUGAAGGCUGGUGGGGCCAUGUCCCCAAGUCCUCAGAAAGAAGAUGCUGUUGGCCAAAUGGCUGAUUUCUCAAGGGCCAAGCCGGUAAGGCUAGAAUUUGGCUUCUCUGAUGAUACCACCAGCAGAAGAGUGUCCCCACCCAGGAGACUGGGAGAGGGACUGGAGGCCAGGCAGGAGCAAACCAGCCAAGAGGCAGAAGGAGGUGGGAGCAAAGCCGGAGAUGAGUGCCCCAGACCUGCUCCCCAAGGCUCUUACCACCUGGACUGGGAUAAGCUGGAUGACCCAAACUUCAACCCGUUUGGAGGUGGCUCCAAGCUGGACAGCAGAGAGGCCCAGUCCUCAGAAAGCCCUGAGACCAGGCCAGCGGGGCCUGCAGCCGGACAGCUGAGUGCUGGGCCUGCGGCUGCAGAGAACUCACCACUGAGCCAGCAGCCAUGUUCAGCCUCAGUGGGUGACAUACCUGUGGUACAGAUGGCAGCCGAGACCCCGAGAGCAGCAGUCAAGGAGGGACCCCUGAAUUCUUUAGGCACACCACUCCCUACAAGCUCUCCAGGCAGUGAGCUGACUGCCCCACCUGCCAAGCCGGUGUCUCCCCCAUCUCAGCAGGGUCCAGAGCCUGCCUUGGAGCUGAAGGAGGAGACGUUCAGAGACCCGACUGAGGUUCUAGGCAUGGGGGCCGAGGUGGAUUAUCUGGAGCAGUUUGGAACUUCCUCGUUUAAGGAGUCGGCCUUGAGGAAGCAGUCCUUAUAUCUUAAAUUUGACCCCCUCCUGAAAGACAGCCCUCAUAGACCAGUGCCCAUGGCUAUGGAGACAAACAGCGUGCACCACAUGGACGAGCCUUCCUCAGGAAACCCACUGGAGGCCAAGCUUGUGGAACUCGAUUUCUUCGGAGCUCUGGAUGUUCCUGUGCCAGGCCCACCUUUGUGUGUCUUUGAGCCUGGGGGUCCACCUUUGCCUGCUGGGCCCAUCAUAGACCUGCUGCAGUACAGCCAGAAGGACCUGGACGCGGCGGUGGAGGCGGCACAGAAGGAGAACGUGGAGCUGAAGAGCAGGUGUGAGGAGCUCCACAUGAGGAACCUGGAGCUGGGGAAGAUCAUGGACAGGUUUGAGGAGAUCGUGUACCAGGCAAUGGAGGAGGCUAAGAAGCAGAAGGAACUUGGCAAAGCUGAAAUCCAGAAGAUUCUAAAAGAAAAAGAGCAACUUACUGCAGACCUGAACUCCAUGGAAAAGUCCUUCUCUGACCUCUUCAAGCGGUUUGAGAAGCAGAAGGAGGUGAUUGAAGGCUACCGCAAGAACGAGGAGUCGCUGAAGAAGUGCGUGGAGGACUACAUGACCAGGAUUGAGAAGGAGGGCCAGAGAUACCGCGCGCUGAAGGCCCACGCGGAAGAGAAGCUCGAGCUGGCAAAUGAGGAGAUCGCCCAGGUCCGGAGCAAGGCCCAGGCGGAGGCCCUGGCCUUCCAGGCAAGCCUGAGGAGGGAGCAGAUGCGGAUCCACUCGCUGGAGAAGACCGUGGAGCAGAAGACUAAGGAAAAUGACGAACUAACCCGGAUCUGUGAUGACCUCAUCUCCAAGAUGGGGAAGAUCUGAUGGGAAGCUGGCAGCUGGCACUCCCUCUGGUCUGUCCAUCUGAUUCUUAGUUUUCAUGUUCGUUCUUAUGUCUUAACCUCAUUUUUAAAAUUAGAUUGCUUUUGAAUAAAGACUAAAUAAAGUUUGCCGUUAAAUUCUGA